CAAUAUCCAGUCCAAACUCCUAGUUAGUGUAAAUACCAGAAAGUAAAAACAGCUAAACACAAUCACUGUGUGCUGUGUGUGAUAAAAUUUUAGUUACUGCUGACGUUUACAAGCAAUAGUUUUUAUGUGAGCAAGGUAUUAGAUUACGAAUAUGAAUCAAGAACUUUCUUACGAAGCUAAUGGAAGUUUUCCAUUUAAUGCAAAUAUUUCUGAUAGUUUUUCUCAAAAUGCUUCCAAGUGUCCAGAAGAAGCAGCAAUGGUUCUCAUCAUUAACUCGUGGUGGACAGUCCUUUUUUAUCUCAUCAUCCAAACAGCGUGUGCUUUCUUCGCUAUCAUCGUUGCUCAAUGGUUCGUUGGAAAUCAGAACAAACAGAAUAAUUGUCAACCAGUAUGUUUUCCAGUAUCGAUCGCAUUGAAUCGGCAUGACUUUGACGCAGCUGAUCGGUUCGAUAUUGCGAGAAUGAUCGAUUAUGUUGGCGAACUUUCAGUCUACGAGAGAAAGGCUAGAAUAUUGAGAAUGAAGGAGAUUGCAGAAGGACGCAUUCCGUCAUAGUCGUCGCUGAGGAGAUGUACGUUGAACCUGAUUGCAGGAAUAUCCAUACCGGAGACCUUCAAACUUGAUAAAAUGUUGAAUUGGUAAAAAUAAAAAAUUUCUCGACA